UCAUUCGAUUUUAACCUCGCUUGUCAUUUAAGUUUAUAAUAAUGUCAAUUUAUUACAGUGGAACGUUUAAAAGAUCUUCCGGUCUAAUAAGUGCGAUCAGCAAACAAUUAAAACAAAUCAAUUUAAAACCAGUUAAAAGAAUAAAUGUUCAAUUUGAUCCGUUUCAUCCAAAUGCGGUAACAGCAAGAGAUUUCUUGUGGCACAUAACGUCGCCAAAAGUUGCGGAGACGAAUUUGAACUGCAUUGUUAAAACCAAUGUGGUUUGUGAUCGUAGCCAACCAGAAAUUAAGAUUGAUUUAGUUGACUCAGGGUGUGUUAAAUUUCUGGCAAAUAAUUUAACAGUUUUGGAGAUACUACAGAAAAUCAACCAGCAUAUUUGUUCAAAGAUUCCUCCUGAGGAACCUGCUAGUAAUAUAUCUAAUAAAAUCAAAUCCAAGCCAAAGAAACGAUAAGCAAUGGUGGUGAAACCACAAAAAGAUUACCAACUUAAAUUAAUACAGCAUGUGUAUCAACAAAUACCUGCCUUUACAGACGUUUUUACAGAGGACACAUUUUACAUGUUCUUUGCUUCCUUAGUUAUUUGUACAAUUAUUGUAGUAUUUAUAGUAUCUAGGUUUGUUACAAUAAAACCUGUUGACAUUUA